AUGGACUCCUUCGCGACCACUGCCAGUGCCCAGCCGACUUCUCUAGCGUCUCUAUCUCACCUUGUAGAGAGCACAUUUGGUGCAUAUCUCUUUGGAACCAGUGCUAGCCUGAUAUUAUACGGUAUCAGUCUGUGCCAGUUCCGUCGCUAUCUUUGCCUAUACCCUACGGAUGCGUCGUACAUCCGUGCUAUAGUAUUCGCUGUCAUGGUCUUGGAAAGUGUACACACUCCUAUGCUUAUGCAUACCUGUUACUACUUUCUAGUCUCAAAUUACGCCAACCCGCAGACGUUCAAUUCGCCGCCCUGGUCCCUCAAGAUUGCACCCACCCUCGCAGCUGUGAUCACGUUUACCGCACAGGUAAACAACGUAGGCAGCAUCACUGCCUACAACCGUUCCAACGAAUGGCUUUUCUCCGCUCCAAUCCUUCCUGCCUCUGUCGCUGACGGCUUGCUUACGAGCGCUAUCAUCAUCGGCCUACGCCGCAGUCGCGAAACUUCCACACGCGCUCAUAGCGUUUACGAGCUUUUCAUGCUCUACGUGGUGAACAGCGGUUUAUUCACGACUCUCGUCAGCAUCGUGCCCUAUGUAGUGGGCGUGGUCAUGCCCAAAACGUUCAUUUGGGCUGCGGUCAGCUUCGUUCCCACUCGACUCUACGCAAUGACACUGCUUUGCGUCCUGAACUCUCGGAAGCGCCUCGCCGGUCGUGGACUGGAGAUAUUCGGGAAGGAUGUCCCUAUGCGGAGUAUCAUCGCCCGCGCCAACCACCUCGCGGCGGUCGAGCAAUGGAACGCGCCCGCGCUGCCCGACAGGGCGCCAACGAAGAUCGCUAUCAGCAUUUCGGCGGAGACGGAGUCCGACGUGCCCGACACAGCGUUGAUCCAGAAAUGCCACUCUGAAGACCACCUUACGGAGUCGAUGAAAACUCGAGGAGUCGCUCGCGGCGACUCCUCGUGAUGCGACUCGGGUAGGCGUUGGCUCAGCGAACAUUGUGUAUGUUCGGUGUGUCUUCCUUGGAACCUGUACUAUCAGUCUCUAUCCUUCGCUCUGAGGUCGUGUACUCCGUAUGUAUCUAACUUCUGGACCUGACAGUGUACUUCAAUCGAGUAAUUUCU